AUGGUCUUUGAUAAUAUCUAUUUUAAGUUUGGCGUAAUAGGAUAUGCAUCUUUAUAUAACAAAUCGAAGCAAUUUACACAAAUCAUUUCCAACGAUCUUUUACCAAAUUUUACUCUCGCUUCCAUUCCGAUAGAUUUACAAAGAUUUACCAACGAUGUUGCAAAGACGAUCACGAUCAAAUCCAUCAAACUUUCUUCAGUUGAUGAUAAUUCAAUUCAAUUUAUUUGUGGUAGAUCAAAGACCAAAAAUUCUAAAAUAAAGAAUUUGUUAGAAUGGAUUAAAGAUGAUGAGAUCGUAAAUUUAAUCAAAAAUUUCGAAUUGAAACUUGGAACUUACGAAAUAUUCUUCAAAAAAUCGAAUGACGAUGAUGUCCCAAAGAAAUAUACUGCAGGAAAUGAAGAAGAUCUUAAAGAACUUGCAGAACUUGGAGUUUUCAAUGCUCAAAUAAUUUUAGGUCUCUUGUAUGCAAAAUGUAUUGAAUCAAAAAUUGAGCAAAGCGAUAUCAAAGCGAUCGAAUUGUUUCAAAAGGUUUCAGAACAAGGUUCUUUUGAAGGAGAUCUUUGUCUUGGAUUUAUUUAUUCUAAAGAGCACAGUUCUAUAUAUGAUCCACAAAAAGCAUUCGACCAUUAUAAAAAAGCUUCAGAGAAAGGAAAUGGUAUUGCAAUGAGAAAUUUAGCAAUAAUGCAUUUGGUUGGAGAAGGUGUACCUCAGAAUCUCAGAGAAUCGGUUAAAUUAUUUAAAAAAGCGAAUAAUCAAUUUGGAGAUAGUGUGUCGGGAAAUAUUUUAGGAAUAUUAAAUCAAAAGGGAAUAGGCGUUCCCAAAAGUUUACAUGAAUCUGUGAAAUAUUUUAGGAAAGCAUCUGACUCAAACGAUAUCAAUGCGAAAAUUAACCUCGGAUUGCUUUUAUUCAACGGUGAAGGAGUAGAAAAGAAUGAAGCUGAAGCUGUAAAGUUAUUCCAGGUAGCAGCUGAACAUGGAUUCGUACGAGCACAAAUUUUAUUAGCUAAAGCUUACGAACGUGGAUUAGGAGUUGAAAAGAAUUACGAAAAAGCUAUUGAAUGGUUCUCAAAAGUUGCCGAACGUGAGGGAACGGAUUCUUCCAUAGAUUAUGUCGGGGAAUCGCAAUAUUGCCUUGCAUGUUUAUAUGAAAAGGGCUUUGGAGAUAAAGAGAAGGACCCAGAGAAGGCUUUGUAUUGGUUUACGAAAUCUUCAGAAAAUAAUUAUUUAACGGCUCAAGUUACGCUUGGUGAUAUGCUUGGACUUGGCACUGGUAGUGAUCCUGACGUCUCUAGAAAAUUACAAAUGAUUACUAAAUUACCUUCUGUUAAAACAUUAGAACAAUCCGGUCAAGCUCCUCAACCUACGAUGAUCGAUGACGAUGAGAUUUUGGAAAAAAUAGGCAAUUUGAAAGAUGGUGAAAAAUUAGAAGUAGAUGAUGUAAAUGGUAGUUGUGAGAAUCAAUAA